CACGUAGCGGAACUCCAACGCAACUCCAACAGAAUCCUAUGUGGAUCUACAUAACUGUUGCCUAGAUCUUCUGGUAUCGGCAGAUCAAGAGACCCUACAGGCUACAACAUACAUGUGCCCAGUUUUGAGUUGAACGCCUUUUUUCAGGGUCGGCUGAGUAGUAUCCCCACUUGCCAUCUCAGCUCCAAUCGACGUUCGGUUCUAGAAAUGCACUGCCUACUGCCUAGCGUCUAGUUAUCAUAAUCCCCAGACGUCAAGAGGGCAGUGUUGCACACGAUCACGGUAACGUCUUGUCGAAUCUUGACUCGGGCUUGACACUCCUGCAGGGCUUCAAGCCUGGCCACACACUGGCUGAAUGAAAGUGUCCAAGACCAUUUCUUCUUGAAACAGGAAUCCGAUGGAGCGGGAGGUUCUUGUCGCCUGAUGCUUCUAUUUGGAGUUCAGUUCCCCAGUGGGCCGGCCACACGAUGGGAAGCCUCGGGCUGCUUGUCUCGAUGCUAUGGAGCAAACGGUUUGAGAUGAUCACAGCGCUGUUUCUCGCAAAUGUCGCACAAAUUGCCAGCCAAAGAACGAAUCGGUGUCUUGAUGUAGCCUACAGCUUUGAAGACACAGAUCUGCCCGAUGAGUUUAGCUCUUCUAGAAGCCUGUACCGAGUUGUCAAGCCGAAAUCCAAUUUUGGAUAUAGCUAUGGUGGCAAAUCGCAGCCGAGUGGACCUGACUUUGACCACACUAUCCAACAGCCUGACAAAGGUCAUUUCCUGGUGUUUGAGCAGUUCUUGUGUCGUACAUUCAAUGUGAAAGUACCGACAAUCGUACAGACGCCUGCACAACGAUGCUGGAACGGGGCAGAUGGGAGCAAUGCAUCCGCGUCCUGCACCAUGCAGGUGAGCUACAGCAUGCGAGGGCCGUACGUUGGACAGCUGUGGGUGGGCGACAUGUCCAGUGUGAGGGACCGCCUGAGCGGAGACCAAGGAACGGGCGGGGGCUGGAAGAGCUUGAGUGUGUCGAGCCUCUUCAACGCUGGACAACCCAUCCAGUUUCGAUUUCAAGUAAAGUGCCAUCCUGAACCGUUGGGUAGCAACUUGUCCAGAGUGCAGCGUCGCCCGUUUGCCAAUGGUGAUAUAGCCUUGGAUGACAUCACAAUCCAGUGUAGCUGUGCAGACGGCGUGACAUGCUCCGGUGAACAGCAGCCAGCUAUUCUCACGCCUGCUUCAGAGGCCACUGCUGCCGCACCUGACAUCCCUGAAGGACGUUUUACAAAAGACACGAUGACAUCAGCAACCAUGUACAGUGAAGGUGUUUUUCCUGACACGGCAACAUCCAUGUCAACAACAACGAAAACAACAAUUGCCGUGAACACAACUACUAGUGAAAGAAGCACUUUGUCCAGUGAAAAUGGAACUGAUAACAAGGGUGCAUCGACAACUCUCAUUGCUAUCAUCGCCAGUUCUUGCAGCAUAUUAGUCGCACUGCUCAUAACCGCUGUGGUCUUCAUCAAUCGCCAUCGGGCCAAGAGGCCGCUGCAGGAGGAGAGACAGCCGGAUGUGUGGUUGGAAACUAGACCCAACGCCAGCAUAGCUCAGCCAGCUGCUAGUGAGCACACAGCGAGUACAUGUGCCGUCGCCGUGGGCAGUGACUCGACGACACCACUCCCCGAGUACACAUAUGACACCAUGCCUAACAGUCAUGGCGGCCAGACUAGUCCAGCAAUCGUCAGAGCCACCACUGGCGAAGCCGGUAAAGUGUGCUCAGAGGAGGGUAUUGAGUACUGCGAGACAAUCUACUCCGAUGAAGAAACACGAGCAAAGAAAACUUCGGAAAAUGAUUCGGAAAGUCUUGCGGCUGAGGGUCGAUAUGAGGUGACAUGGAACUAUGAGAGCAAGCGUGACAAACAGCGCAAUUUUAUUGAUCGCAGGAGUGGCAGUGAGAAUGACUAUACGUAUGUGAUGGUACAAGGGUAUCACGCUGACAGAGUGAUGAUGAUCACUCAUCAUCCGGCUUCCCUUCCAACAUACGAAGGCGAAGGCAAUGAUGCCUAUGAAGUAUGAAGAGAUUGGGUGGCAACCCUUUAGCAGUGUAACUAUCACUGGUUUGGAAGGUCUGAAUGCUCGUCAUGAACCUGUAUUGCUGGCACGCAAUAACUUGGCAAUAAACUCCAUGCAAGACCCACGUAUGCUAGUAUUCCUCCUCUCCGGUUCCAAAAAUAUUUCUUUUCAAGUUAUUCAACUGUAUAAUCGAGACUUCAACAAACUCAGUCAUAUCACAGUGAUAAAUCCUUUUUUGGUUUUCAUUGCAGCAAUUAACAAACUUCUUUCACGCAGCACGUCCAAAUACUCACACAUGGUAUGUCUGCUGCAUCUAAGUUCACCAAAUUUCGGGCAUGACCCACCCUCGGGGUAAAGCCGUAUAGUCCAAAAGAAUUCACUUCGAUCACUCUAAAAAUGUUGCACGCUCAUAUAAUCUGAGGUACGUCUAUUGUGGCCUCAGCCCUGCUCGUACCCAGGAUUGUUGAGAAGUCGUGAAAAUGGCUCACUCCACGUUUGAAGAAUGGAUAAUUGACUCUUUGCAGAUCUAUCAAGGUUUCUAUCGGAUUUCUUACAUAAAUUCAUUACAUUUUUUUGGCAAUUAUCAAAAUGUGUUUUGGACAAGGCAAUUAGUCUAGAUUUGGAAAACAAAGCCAGGGCCGGCGGAACCGGUCAGGCUGGUCCGGCCAUGGCCGGACCACUUUCCCAGCUGGAUGGUCCAUGUGAUUCGUGCAAAACCCGGUGUAAAAAAAUCCAGAGGUACAUGACUCGACUGUACUGCUGACAUGUGAUGUGCUUCGAAGUAGCUCAGGACUCCGUGACCGGCACUGUAUGGCUGAUAUGGCUACAAAAAGUUGUGUUUGUGUUCUUUUACUAUAUUUUCUGCAUUUUCUGGAGCCUUAGAGAUGCCCAAAUUCGCUCU